CUCCACUCUCGUUCCCAAUAAUUCCCACCGCUCUUCUUAAACCCUACCUCCUCCCUUCCUUAGGGUUUUUCAGAGCAGCAGCCUCCACUUUUUCUUUUCCCCUCUAAUCGUCUCUAAUGGGCAAGUCAAGCAAGAAAUCAGCCACCAAAGUGGAAGCAGCUCCUGCUGCUGUUGUUCCAGUCUCCAAGUCCGGCAAGAAAGGGAAGAGGGAAGCCGAGAAUGAAAUUGGGAAGGCAGUGAGUGCGAAGAAGCAGAAGAGAGACGAGGCCGUAGCUCAGGCCAUCCAAAAGACAAAGGUCGAAGCGAAGACGCCAAAGAAGAAGAAGGAGGAGACUAGUAGUAGUGAAGAUGAGUCUGCCACUUCAUCCGAGGAUGAGAAGCCUGCUCCCAAAGCCAAAACUGUAGCUCCUCCUAAAAAGCAGGCUAUAGCCUCCAAGAAGGAAGAUUCCAGCAGCUCUGAAUCAUCUGAUUCUGACGAGGAUGAAAAACAGGCUGCUAAAACUGCUAAAAAUGGGACAGUUGCUAAGAAAACCGAGUCUUCUGACAGUUCAGAUUCUUCAGAUGAGGAGGAAGUUCCUAAAUCCAAAGCCACGAAAUUACCUCAAGUUGCAGCUAAGAAUGGCAAGAAGAAAGAGGAAUCCAGCUCCUCAGAUUCUAGUGAUGAUGAGGAUGAUGCUGAAACUCCUGCUAAGGUAACUGCACCUGUGAAGAAGGUUGUUGCACCUCCUGCGAAGAAGGCUGAUUCCAGCAGCUCUGAAGAUGAAUCGGAUGAUGAGCAGGAAAACAGUGAUGACUCAUCUGAUGAUUCAGAGGAAGAAAAGUCAAAGAAUGCUAAACCUGCUGCUAAAAGUCCUCAACCAUCCAAGGGUGAUACUGAAAGUGAAAGUGAAAGUGACUCUGAUGAAGAUGAUGAUGAGCCACAAACUAACAAACCGAAGGCAGAGGUCCCUGCUAAAGCUGCCCAAAAGGAAAGUAGUUCUGAAGAAGAAAGUGAUGAGGACAGUUCAGAUGACGAAUCAGAGGAAGAGGCAAAGACCCCAAAGAAAAAGGACUCAGAUGUAGAGAUGGUAGAUGCCCAAGCUCCAUCAGAAAAGAAAGCUCCUAAAACUCCUGCUUCUGCCGAUACAUCGUCUUCUAAAACUUUGUUUGUUGGCAAUCUAUCAUUCAACAUUGAACAAAGUGAUGUGGAAGCUUUCUUCAAGGAUGUUGGCCAAGUUGUUGAUGUCCGUUUCUCCUCUGAUCCAGAUGGAAGGUUCAAAGGAUUUGGACACGUAGAGUUUGCUACUGCAGAAGAAGCACGAAAGGCUGUGGAACUUAAUGGUUCAGAUCUGUUGGGUCGUGCUGUAAAACUUGAUAUGGCCCGUGAAAGGCCUGAAAGGGGUACCUAUACUCCUCACAGCGGCAAAGAGAGCAACUCAUAUCAGAAGGGUGAACAGGGCCAGUCUCAGACAAUAUUCGUACGAGGAUUCGAUACAAGCCAUGGGGAGGAUGAGAUCCGAAGUGCCCUGGAAGGCCAUUUUGCUUCAUGUGGAGCGAUCACUCGGGUGUCCAUCCCAAAAGAUUAUGAAACUGGCGGCCCCAAGGGGAUGGCUUACAUGGACUUUUCAGAUGCUGAUGCUCUCAGCAAGGCCCUCGAGCUUGAUCAAAGUGAUCUUGGAAAAGGCUGUUAUUUGACUGUCCAACCUGCCAAACCUAGAGGUGAUUUUGGUGACAGGAAUUCCAAUCCUCGCUUUGGUGAUAGAGAUUCUCGUGGUGGCCGUCGUGGUGGCCGUUUCGAUAGUGGUGGCCGUCGUGGUGGCCGUUUUGAUAGUGGUGGCCGUCGCGGUGGUAGGGAUUCUGGUGGUAGGCGUGGAGGCAGAGGCAGAGGCCCUAGCCUAGCUGCUCCUGGAACAGGGAAAAAGACCACCUUCAAUGACGAGGAUUAGGCAGUUCCCUAGACGACAGAUCUGGCAUAUUUUCUGCGUUUAUUUAUUUUUAGAUGCGUAUCUAUCUUUUUCGUUGAUGCUGAACAUGACUUAUUAUGAGUGGAAUUUUUUUGUACUUUGACAAUUCAGCUAUUAUCAAAUAUUUUGUACCAA